AUAGCAGCACACCACAUCCUAACCCGAAUAUUCCAGUUUCCGAAAUAUCGUUGGAAGAGAAGGGUGCGAAUUCCGCGUGUCCAAGCACCAGAAAGUUAAUUAACAACCGCAUUUCAAAUUCCCUCUCCUACAGGUUAAAACGAAUCUAUUUCCUAGUUGCUCAUCUCACAUCCAGUAUUGCCUCCUCCCAACUGCCAAACCAUACCCAAAUCUCUAUCUCUCUCUUGGUUAGGGUUUUUGCAAUCCAAUCCGAGAGUAAAUAAAUCAAGAGUUCAUGGGAUGCAAAUAAUUACGGCCUCUAAUAGGUCCUAAUGUUGAGCUCUUCUUGCUCUCAAUCUCUAUACCAGCGAUGCCCAAUUCUUCUCUCCUCCAUUUCUAGACUCAGGGUUAUUAACAGACCUGGGAAUUUUCCUCUUUCGACCCCGUAUGCUCAGAUCUUCGAAUCGCGUUCCAAAUUAUCGAAAAAUAAAUGGAAAAUUUCAUGUUUUAGACAUGAGGAUUUUUCUCCCGUAAAUCCCAAGUCUGAUGGUGUUGAACACUGUCUGCCUGAGAAACUGGUGAAGAAGCCCGAACUCAGUAAUCCAACUGAUGUUAAAAAGGAUUGGAUAUCAAAUCUUCAAGAGGCUGCAGAUGUUGUGUUCCGGGCAAUGGGGAGCCGAUGGACUGUACCCUGGACAGCGGAGACCAUAAUGCAGGUGAUGCUUCUCUGGGUUGUCUCAUUCUGGUUUAUAGGUUCCUGGGUGAUUCCUUUUGCGGCCCACAUGGCAGGUGUCAGCAAGGAAUCUCUUACAUUUAGAGGACAGGCCUUGUUCAGCCUUGUGACUGAUGUAACUGAAGGCAUUGCUGGAAUUGCAAUCCUCCAUCGCUGCUUGUCUCGGUUUCAUCCCCUUCCAUCUGAUUGGUUUAGGUUUAGCCUGAAAGGUAACUGGCUAUUUGAUGUUGCUCUUGGAUGCUUCAUGUUUCCCUUGGUCAACCGGCUUUCACAGUUCAACCUUAGCCUAUUGCCCAUUCUGCCUUCUACGCCUGUUACUUUCUCAAGUGUCGAGCAGUCUAUUGCAGCAAGAGAUCCAGUGGCAAUGGCACUGUAUGUGAUAGUAGUUUCAGUUUGUGCCCCUAUGUGGGAGGAGAUCGUCUUCCGGGGUUUCCUUCUACCUUCCUUAACCAGGUACAUGCCUGUGUGGUGUGCAAUCCUGGUGAGUUCAGUUGCCUUUGCUCUAGCACAUUUCAAUGUACAGAGAAUGCUUCCACUUAUUUUUCUCGGGCUGGUGAUGGGUGUUAUUUUUACAAGGUCAAGGAAUUUAAUGCCGUCUAUGCUUUUGCAUAGCCUCUGGAAUGGCUUUGUGUUCUUAGAUUUAAUGAGAUAACUUAUUAGCCUUGUAUUUCACAUAUAGAUGAUGAAUCGGUCGAUCCUAUCUCAGACGUGUAUAUGUGGACUAAUAUUGUGGGCUAUGCUCUUUUCAAAGAUGUUGAACGUCAGCGCCCUGAUAAGGCUUACUGCUUUGCAAUGUUGAAUUGUUGAUUGACACUCAUCUUCAGAAUGCUUUGUAGGUCCAGCGAACAGAAUGCAAAUAGUAUUGACAGAGAUUGAUAGGCCAAUCUAUAAUUUGCCCACUUAAAAGAAUUAGUCCAGUACAUCUUUCGUGUCUGUAAUUAUACCAGAGACAAAGGGGAACAAGGACCCUUUGGCCCGCAGAGGCUUGCUUGUCAACAUUGUACAACUCUGAACUCACUAAAUGAGUACUCUAUUUUUCCUGUAAUAUAUUUAUAAUCAUUCUACAAGAAUCUAGAAAAGAAAAGGGCUCUAUUUUGUGUUAUAAUAAAUUUGUUGUGCAUACAUUAAUUUUAUGGCAUAAUUUUUUCUUUAUA